AUGAAGGUUACCAACUCUUUCCAAUGUACGGUCGAUUACAACGUGGCCGAAGACGACAAGGUGCUUUCCCUUGGGCUGCUUGAUGGCCUUGUCAGACUCAUCGUCAACAUAGUCGAACGCAGCAAGGCGUGUCUAUACGAGUCGAGGGAUGACACCAAGUUGGAGGUCAUGCUUGGUGAAGACGUCGAACGGCCUAAGUUGACAUUUCCGACUCCCGAAAAUUGUCGAAUUGAGCCGGUGAGUGAGGCCGUGUCUGGGCGCAAAGACCACCGGAUCGCCUGUCGUCUCCUCAUCACCAAUCUCCUGCUACACAGCCGCUCAUACAAGGCUGCAGCGGUGUCCAUCAUGCAGCAGCAAGGUACGGGCUCGGGCUCAGGAUUCGGCUCCGCCUUCGGCUCUGCGGCUGCAUCCGGAUCUGGCUUUGGAUCUAGCUCCGCCUUUGGCUCCAGCUUCGGUGCUGCCUCGGGAUCUAAUCCUGGAUUCGGACCCGGCUCUGGCCAAUCUACACCAGGUGCUGGUGGCUCAAGCUUCGGCUCUUUCGCCCGGCCACAGCCUCCAUCGGCAUCGACAAGCAGUGCGCCACCCAACACCUUCUCUCGACCUCCUUCAGGCCCCAGCAAUGCACCAUCUGCCUUCACGUCCGGCUUCUCGCAAGGCGGGCAGCAACAGACUGGCUUCGGCCGUCCUCGGCCAUUCACCAGCAGACCGCGACCACAGUUUCAGCAGCAGUCAUCUUUCAGCAACUCGCGUCCUUUUAAUCCGGGUCAGCAUCAACACCAGCAGGGGCAGGAACAGCAACAGCAACAGUCACCAUUCGGGAACCGACCAAGACCCUUCACCGCACGGCCAUCAGGCCCGGGGGGCCCUGGACAGGACGGAAGACCGCCAAUGUCCGGAUCCUUUCGAGGCGGUAGAGGCGGUAGUCUUGCGCGACCUGGCAGGCCAUUCGUGUCAAACGUGGAUGGGGACACCAGCCAGCGAGGACCGACGGACGCAAAUCCCAAUCUAGCAGGCGCCAGCGGAAACCAUGCCUACCAACCUAGACCUCGACCGAGACCAUUCGCUAACAAGUCGACCACCUUCAACACACAGCCUGCCGCGACGCCAUCAGCUUUUGGUAGCCAGUCGGCUGCACAAGCUCCCGCAACUCCUUCUGCCUUCGGCGCCGCUGGCUCCUCUCAGACUGCCUCAGCUCCAGCUCCCAAACCCGCAUCGAUUGGUUUCGGACAGAUGAGUGCUUCUACCCCUAGCAUACCGCCAAGCAAUGGCUUUGGUCAAAGCUCUUCUGCAUUUGGAUCUUCUUCAACCAACCCCACCUCUGGCUCCCCAUCACUAUUCGGAGCGCCGCAGGGAGCCGCUCCUGCCUCGGCCUCUGCUUUUGGCGCGAGCUCGUCCUCUUCCGCUUUCGGCUCGACCUCCUCUUCCGCCUUUGGAAGUAGCUCAAACUCAACAGCGUUCGGCUCAACGCCUGCCGCAACUCAAGCCAAACUUGCUCUUGCCACCACUGCCGCUCCGGCGCCGUCUCCGGCUGCAUCAGCUCCGCCGUCCACCUUUGCUCCUGCUCCUGCCAACGCUGCACCCACGAGCUCCUUCUCCAACUUCCUCAGAAAAGACCGCACCGGCACUUCGACGCCAGCUGAAGGGUCCGGCUCGCCAAUGCCAAGUGCCAAUUUCGGAAGCAAGGGCGCGGAAGAUGAGGAUGAGCUGCGCAAGAAGCGUUUCGAGGAAGCUCCCAAAGUGGGCAAUCGCUUCCUCGAGAUGAAGGGCGGGAGGGAAGCUCUUCGUAACGCCUACAUCAAGUCCGGCGUGCUUCCCGAUCCGGACAAGCCGACCGACCUCGCCUUAGCAGUCAAGCUCGUCGGCACAUGCCAGGAUAUGUGCCCCGAAUUCGAGCGCGAGGAGCGAGAGUUUCAAAAGGAGCUCGACCCGCUCGAAGUGUAUCCGGGUACCGACCGAGUCGAUCCCCGCAUCGCCGUCAAGAUCUACCGUCGCCCCGCCGCUGGCCGCGAGCUGCCUCUGCCCGAAGACGUGCGUCCGCCGCCCGUCCUCAAACGCACCCUGGACUACCUCUUUCACGACCUCCUUCCGGCGGAUCCCAACGACCCAAGAUUCACGGCUGUCCAGGGCUUCCUUUGGAAUCGAACCCGAGCGGUGCGGCAGGACUUUAUCGUGCAAAGCGAAGGCGGUGCCAUUGCUAUCGAAUGCCACGAGCGCAUCGCAAGAUACCACAUCCUCUGUCUGCACUGGCGAGGAGGUCCCGGCGCAGAAGGAUGGAGCGAGCAACAGGAACUCGAGCAGCUCCGCAAGACGAUGCGCAGUCUCAUCGAGUUCUACGACGACAACCGCAGAAAGUCAGCCACAAGUGCGGGCGCUGUUGUCCAGCCAUCUCCGAACGAGGCUGAGUUCCGCGCAUACAAUCUCCUGCUCCACCUUCGAGAUCCCGAGACGCUGCGCGAAGCCGAGCUCUUACCUGGCGACAUCUUCCGCGCUCCCGCUGUGCAAACUGCGUUGAAUCUACGACAGCUGGCACAACGCUCCAACAACCUCGAGAAGCGCGGUCAGCCUAGAAACACCGAGGCCACGCUCAACUUCUUCUCCAAGUUCUUCGCCGAGCUGCGCAAGCCUAGCGUCAAUUACCUCAUGGCCUGUCUCGCCGAAAACUCGUUCAGCUCCGUGCGCAUUGGCGCGGUCAAAGCGAUGGGAAAAGCCUACAUGGCGCAGCACAGGGGUCUGCCGAUCGAGACGAUGCGCAAUGCGCUAGCCAUGGACUCUGACGAACAGGUGAUCGCUCUAUGCACGCAUCUUGGUCUCGAGUUCGAGUAUGACGGACCAACGCCUGCGGCUGUCAAGAUCCACAAGACCGCGGCGGUCAAAGAGGACAAACCGCUAAUCUCGCCAUUCAGCUUAACCAUGGUCGAAGCCAAGCGUGGCUCGUGGAAGAGCGCCGACGUGAUCGACGGUCGUGCGUCGGGGGCAGGUGCGAUCUUGCUAGAUAUGCCCAAUGCGGCGCAGGGCUUCGCUCCGGUAUCAUCCAUGGCGAAGCCGGCGCCUGGUCCAACCUCAUCCAGUCUGGACUUCAAGGCGCCUUCACAAGCCGAUGGUAGUCUCGACUCCAUCAGCAUGCUCAAAUUCGGCCAAUCAACGGCAGGCCAAGGUGGCCAGGGUACCUCGGCAUUCUCGGCGUCUUCUCCAUCGAAGCUGUCGGCUGCUGCCACCAGCUUCAUGCCUUCCGCAUUUGGCUCGGGUUCUGCGAGCAGCGCACCGUCGACAGCCGCACCGGCGGGCUCCUUUGGCGGCUUUGGUGGGUUUGGUGGCAGCAACGCCACGAAGCAAGAAUCGCCCGCCCAGUCUGGCUUGCCGUCAUUCGGGGGCUUCGGCAAGGAGCCUGCCACUGACUCAAAACCGACUGCCACGACUCUUGCGCCCGACACCAAAUCUCCCAUCCCCUCGCUUGGGUCGGCCGCCAAGCAGAUGACACCCUCGUCCCUUCCCAGCUUCUCGUUCGGUCAGCCAAACACCAAAGCUCCCUCAGCUGCUGCGACUACUGACGCGAAGCCGGCCUCGCCUUUCACAUUUGGACCCUCGCAGACCAAAGAUGCCGAGCCCAGCAAGACAACGAUGCCGUCCUUCUUCUCUUCGUCGUCCAAACCUCAAGACAGCAAGACGGAAAAGCCCGGAGAUGCCGCGUCUGGACCUUCCAAGUUGGCCGAUGCUGACGCUGGCUCCUCUGCGCCAGGUGCUACGUCUCAGAAGCGUCGCGGGUCUGACCCUGCUGCGGCCGCAGCAUCUCGCGCCGCGGCUGCGGCUGUCGCCGAGGCAGAAGCCAAGGUGCGAGUCAAGCGCAAAGAAGCCGCACGUGCGCAAGCAGUCGAACGGGCAUUCAAGACGCUUUCGAGCGAAGCGAUCCAGUCCGCCGCCGCCAAGACCGCUGCUGCUGCGGUUCAGGAAGAGCGCGCGCGUCGCAGAGCCGCCUCGCGAGACGAGCUCCUGACGCGCCUGAGCGACAAGAUGUGGGCGCAGCUGGCCGAGGAGCGGGUCGCGGCUGCAGCGGAGGACGCGGCGCGCAAGGCAGCUGCGGAGGUCUUGCGCUCAAGAAGCGGGACCAUGAGGGCAUGGCAGCACUGGCGGGACGCUUUGGAGGAGCGACGCGAUCGCGAGCACCAGAAACAGCGCUUGGAGACGAUUCGAAGCGAAAUCAAGCGGAGAAACGUCCUGGGCCGGAUUCAGGUCGAUGCCUCGGGCACCUCCAACGGCUCUGCUCAAGGCACUCACAGCAAACGCGCGUCGAUCUCGCAGUCGCUACUGACGGGUGUGCGACGCACGUCGUCGGGGCGCGACGUGCAGGUCACCUCGCCGCAGAGGCGCAAGCUGGCGGGCGAGCGAUCCGCGCAUGGCGACGAUGCGGAGCUAUCGGCGCAGUGGACACGUGUGCGGCGCCAACGCGGCGAGCUCUGGGCUGAGGGAUCGCUGCUGGAUCGGCUCGCGGACCACGUCGAGGAGCUGCUGCUGCACUUCCGCCCCGCUGACCUGGACGGACUGGUGGUGCUGUACUCUGGCGCGCCCGGUCAGCACGUCGCGUCCAACUGGCUGCGUGUCAAGUUCGGCUUCUCCCCCUCGGUGCCCGCCUCCAAAGAUGACGGACGAGAUGUGCUCGAGGUGGGAUUGGCCGACGGAUCGCAUCUGGCACUGGUGGAUGCUACUCGCAGCGGCGACGGCGCGACGCUCGAAUCGAUGGUAUUGGCCGAGCACGAGGAGCACAGCGAGGUUGGACUCGUCGUGUUUGAGACCAAUCCGAUUGCUUGCCGAGCGAGCUCCGCUUCGCAGCGACGCGCGAUGGUCACAGAGGACCGCAGCAGGCUCGAGGAGAUUGCGCAGUCGCGCGUUGUCAAGCAGAGCCGUCUCGCUUGUCGCCUGCUGCUGGUGACGUGGGGCGACACGGACACGCAGUCGACACGAAGCGCGACCUCGGACGGUGCGAUCGAGGAUGUCGAGAUGGCUGACGGCACCGCCUCCGAAUCUGUUGCCAAAGACGCCACCGCAAGUCUGAUCACCUCGCUCGGGCUUGAUCCGUCCAAGACCGUGCGUAGCACGGGAGCUGUGGACGGCCGCGACUCGCACGAAGGGUCGGCGCUGCUCUCGCGCGCAUUCGAGCGUGUCGGGGUGCUGGAGCUAGCCGACGCAUCUGUAUCGAUCGAGAGCUCGCUGAGGAUGCUGCUAGCGCGGGCGAUGCCUGAUCUGGCGCCGAAUCUUGACCUCGACGGCGCUCGGCGCGUGACGCUGGACGAGGUGGCGCGCGAGUUGGUGGACCAGUGGUCGCGCACGUGCGUGCUGCUCUGCGACCUCGUAUGUGUCUUUCCACCAAGCGUACUAUCCGGCACCGCAGUGGAUCUACCAGCCAAGGCGGAGGACGCGGCAUGCAAGGCGCUGUGCAUCCUGAGCGCACUGGCGAACUACGUGGUUCGAGCGAUUGUCAGUCGUUCCGAGCUCACGCCAGACGCCGAGGUGGUCGAGGUUGCGGUUCCGACUCGCAAGGGUCUGGUGGAGAUGGCGCUGGAGCAGCUGGAAGCGCUGCCCGAGGGCGUGGCGGAGCAGCGGGAGGCGUUGCGCUACCGGUUGCUGUCGACACUGCCGGAGCGAGGGCUGGAGGCGACGGUGGCGCAUGUGAACCGGAUGCAUGCCGAGGGGAUGUUGCGCAUCGCACUGGGGGCACUAGAGCGGGUGUGGAUUGCGCCACUGCACGGGGCGGAUUGGAGUGCAGCCGUGGAGGGCAUGGCGAACUUGUGUGCGGCGGCGGUGCGCGAGGUAGCAGCAGAGACAAGGAGGAUCGCCAAGGACGCGCGGGCUGCGGGCGCAGGUGGGGCUAAGCGCGUGCGCAGCGAGGCUUCGCCACCGAGCGCGGCGCCCGAGGACGUCAAGGAGACGGGAGGAAGCGCAGUCGACCAGCUCCGACAGCUCAUCGCACGCACCAAACGAUUCCUCGACACACCUUCGCACGCGUAG